AUGUCUGAACACGAAGACACCUCCCUUGAUACCGGCUACAGCACGCCGGUGCCAGAAUUAGAUGAUCACAGACAUCAAUCCCAAUCUCUACCAAAAGCUCGUUCUCGCAGCGGUACUAUCGAUAGCAUGCAAGCUCCUUCUCCCCGAGCUCCACACAGUCCAGACCUAGCACACGUAAAUAACACACUUCUUCAAACAAUCGCAAGAGAUUUCGAGGAAGCCAUUGUCGACGAGGACUCGAGAGGUGUAUCUCCAAUGGCCAUUCGAAUGGCAGAUAGAAGUCGUAGAGGAACUGCUGUCACUGCCGAUAUCCGCUCCCUAUCACCACCAAGCUCAGUGAAAGCAUUUGCAGAUGCAAGAAGAAGAGAACGAGAAAUGUCUGUUUCGGACCCAACCCCUGGAAAGGCAUUUGCAGAUGCCAGACGGCUCGAAGACCAUAAUGCUCUUCAUAGAACAGAAUCACACGCCAGUCACCGAAGCCAUCGUACAUUUCGUAGCAGACGCUACACUAACGACAACGAUGCAAAGAGCUUCGCAAGUUCGUGCAAGUCAGCCAAGGAAGAUGUUUGCUUCCCUCUACAUGCUUCUCCAACCAAAAACACCUUACAAAUCAAUUUUGAAACCCUCGAGGAUUUCAUUUUGGAGGAGGAAAAUCGUUCCAAGACUCCCGUAAACCACACGCAACCUCGAAUCUUCCACGAUUUGAGAACUAACGGUGCGGUGCCCAUGAUUGUUACAUCGGAAGGUACAGUUGUUGAUAUUCCUUCGGGUCCACCAUCAAUAAAUGAGAAGUUGGAUUCAUCUAACCUCGAGGCACUUACCCGGCCAAAGCAAUCGCACCCAGACACUAAUAGGUUUGAAUACUUUUCCUCGCACGGAGUAGAUAGUAUUCACGCAUCGGAAUUUGGUGAUCUCAUCUUGCCAGGAGAAGAUAUAAGAACCCUAUUCACUCCUCCACAAGAAGAAGAACAACCAGGAGAGAGUGUCUGGUGGUUGAAUAUGAACAGCCCGACAGAGGAGGAGGUUCGUGUGAUUUGCGAGGCAUUUGGCGUCCAUCCUUUGACCAUCGAGGAUAUCACAGCUCAAGAAACGCGAGAGAAGAUUGAACUCUUCCCUUCGUACUACUUCGCUUGUUUCCGUUCCUUUAGCGUUGUAGAGAUUGAGGACGGCCAGGAAUACGAUCCAUUCAACAUUUAUGUCAUUGUCUUCCGAGAGGGUCUACUCAGCUUUAGUUUUUCGCCAAAUCCACAUGCAGGCAGUGUUCGUAAGCGUAUCACAUUGCUGAAGGAUUAUUUGUCUUUGAACAGCGAUUGGAUUUGCUACGCGCUAAUUGAUCAUAUCGUUGAUACCUUUGGCCCUGUUAUCCACAAGAUCGACAACGAGACAGAUACGAUUGAGGAUCAAGUAUUCAUUGCUCGCAGUGAUGACAUGCAUGCCUUUUUACGAAAAAUCGGCAUGGUUCGAAAGAAUGUUAUGGGUCUGAUGAAACUUCUGGGUGGCAAGGCCGAUGUCUUGAAAGGCUUCACAAAGCGCUGUAAUUCGAACUACCUCGUCACUCCUCACAUGGAUAUCGGUAUGUAUCUUGGCGAUAUUCAAGAUCACGUUGUCACCAUGAUGACCAGUUUGGGUCACUCUGAGAAGAUGCUCUCAAGAUCGCACAGCAAUUAUCUCGCACAGCUGUCAAUUGACAACAUCACCCAAGGGAACAACGCCAACAAGGUUCUCAGCAAGAUUACUCUUCUCGCCUCCAUCCUCGUUCCUCUUAACUUGGUAUGUGGUAUGUUUGGUAUGAAUGUUGCUGUUCCUUUCGGGAACGCGACGAACACCCUCGUUCCGUUCUUUACAAUUUUAGCUGUACUGGUGGUUUUCUCUCUUGCUUCCUUGGCCCUUGCAAGACGGUAUAGAUAUAUUUAG